AUGUCCGCCAGCUCCGAAAUUCCCGUCGAUCUCGCCGCUCUCGUUGCCAAAGCCAACAAUGCCAUGCGUUUCUGCGACCAGCUCUUCGAACUCGGUGUCGACGUCGGCAAGCAGCUCGAGCAAUGCAAGAAACUGUUUGGUUUCGGUGUCGAGAUUACAUGGUCUCCUGGCCACGUCUUCGGCAACAAGGGGCUGGAGGACUUGCUGUUCCAUCUCAAGCAAGUCUUCGAGCGCCUUCAGAAGGCUCACCUCGGCACUCAACCAUUCGGAGAUUAUCAUAUCGUUCGCGCUUUUACUGGGCAAAUUCACGCAGAUCAUGAGUGUCGAGCUCAACUGUCUAACCCUGUACUGGCAGCCAAGGCUAAGGCGAACGCUGCUACUGGGCAAGCUGCUGCUUCAUCUGCAGCUGAUGGUUCAUCAGCAAAACCUUUAUCUAUGAAAGGGAAGGCCAAGGCCACGACCGCUAAGAAGGGAAGGAAACCGCCCAAGUCGAAGGCCAUCGUUGAGGACUCCUCAGAUGACGAACCUCCUGCUCUAGUUGCAAUCGAGGAGGAUACUGUGAUGGGUAAUGCCGAUACUCCCUGCACCAUCCUGGACACUGAUACGGUAUCUAUCUCUUUUCUAGCUGCCAUCGCGUGCACUGCUGAUGAAGUCAUUGCUCGCCUUCAGCAGAUGUCCAUUGACGACGAGGUCGAGAUCAUGGUCAACAAGGAUCCCAGCUCGGGCAACAUCAUCGAAGGGCGCAAGGUGCUUCCUAAGUUCAAGAAGAACAAAGUCAAAGAGGACGCGAAACAUCAACAACCCAAGCGUGCGGAGGUAAUUUUCCUUCCUUAUGCUGAGGUACCCGGUAUGGACUUAACUUCCAAGGAUUACCGCCGUGCAGAGGCUGUCGUAGCGAAGGCAGCUGCUCAUGAUGCUGCUACUCAAGCUCGCAAGCGUCCUAGGGCCUCCAAUGACUUUGCUUUUAAUGAUUCUGCGUAUUCAAUGGCAGCGGCCGAGUUAGCUCUCAACAACGAGAGUACUCAAGAAACUCUGGCAAUCGCCGCUAAACUGAUCGCCGAGGGAGGCUCUGUCAAUCCCAGCGAGACUGUUCUUCGUUCGCGGGAGGCAGACCUUCGCAACGACAUUAUCGCGACCGUCCAUCGCAUCGAGUAUCUAAUUCAGUAUUGUCAAUUUGUCGUCAAUCACCAUGGCCAAGUUAUCAAGGCACUCGAGAGGCGGGCCGCUGCCAAGGACGAUGCUUGUGAGCAUUGUACUGACAACGACGUCUCUGACUGUCUCUCAACGACUGCCACAGGAUAUCGCUCUGAGUAG